GUCAACCAACAUGCUACGGAUCAGGCAGAGGCCAAUGAUGAUGUAGAGGAAGAUGGUGUCAGAGAAUUGAGAGAGAAGGAUGUCGUUGAUCAGCGCGCUCUCCUGCACCUUAAGCUCGAGCCAAUCCCGCCUGAUGCCGCCAGCUUCAGAACUUGGAAGAAUGGUUUCAAAGUUCAAUUGUCAAAGCUUGACACAUCGGGUCAAGGUAUCGUCCUCGCUUGGAUUUCACGGGGUUUCGAUGCCGACAGGGUUGAUCUUGAAGAUUCUGGACUUUUGCCAAGGCUUGAUGCAUGGGUUGCAGGUGAGCUGUCCUCUGGGCGUGUUUUGAAGCAAUCAUCCGAGUUGGAGCAAGAUAUCACGGCGUACAUCGAAAGAUGCAGUCAGCUUGAUCGAUCACCCAAAGGUCGUGUGAUGUUGAGUAUCAUUGCUCGGCAUUAUGAUCUUGACCGUGUGCGAGGGUCAGUGCUGACCGCAUCCACGUUGUUCCAGAUUGAACUGGGUGGGAAUUCUAUCAAGGACUUGAGGGAUUUCGUCAAUCGCAUUCGGAUCGUUCUGAGUGCUAUCCCAGUUGGUCAGAGGCCAGAUGAUCGUCUCACGGGUGAAUGGUUGUUUCAUCGAGUGAAACACAUCAGAAAGCUUGAGCGCGUCAUUGAGGAUAUUCGUGAUUCGGCUUCCACAUCUCAUCGUCGAGAAUGGACUUUCUUGUGGGAUAAGAUUCAGGAUUUGAUCGUUCAGGCGAAAACCAAAGCUGUUCCAGCAGUUCCUCCUGCAUCACCACCGAAGGUCGUCAUCUUGGUUCAGCGAAAGCUUUGCUUGACCAAGGGAUACCUCGCCAGGCCUUUGAUCACCUUCUUGGUGCUUCGCGUUCGCCAGUUGAGUGCCCUGAGCAUGCACGCCAUUAUGCCUCAAGAGUUGAUGAGCAUGCUUCAGGGGGGGCAGUUGACACGGGACCGGCUGCUAUCCCUAGCGCCAUCCGUUUACCUGAUUUGCAUCCUGCUGAACUUCGAGAGCCUGCUCCUCGAGGUGACCAGGGAGAGUCUUUUACUUCUGGACUUUUUCGGCUGGGUGGAGUUCUUCAUCGCAGCUCCGGAGGGUUCGGCUGCUGAUGCGCCACCCGAUGCCGGCUCGGCUGCUGAUGCGCCACCUGGUGUCGGUGACGAUGAACAUCCUGUUGAGGUUGGACCCAAGGAUGAUUCGGAAGAUAGAGUUCCUGAAAGGGUUGUUAAGCUUCGGGAUCAAGCGAUGACGAUUGAGCAUAGGUUGUUCCACUUCCCGAAGAACCCGUUUUGUGAUGUCUGCAAUCAAGCUCGCAUGCUGUCACGUCGUGUUCGUCGAAAGCCGCGUGAUCCCGAUGAAGAGCCUGAUCCUCUUGAAGCGUCAGAGUUCGGAGAAGUCAUUGCCGCAGAUCACAUUCAUGUGCUUAGAUCGCCUGACGACUCCGAUGCUCUUGAUAAGACUUACGUUGUGUUGUGUUUGAGAAACAAGUACACUGGCAUUUUUGCCGCCUUUCCGGGUACUGAUCGCUCCACGGCAUCGAUUGUAAGCCCUUUGAGGAAGUUUGUUGGACGUCGAAUUUGCUCCAAGCCUGUGACCCUUGUUUCCGAUGCAGCUGAUGAGUUUGUCGCCGCUGCUGAGGUGGUUUUCAUGAACGAUGAUGCCGGAAGAGAUGAAGUUCCUGUGAAGAAGCUCCUUCUUGGACAGCUCGUGUUUUAUCGACAUAAGAGCGAGAGUAAGUUUGGUCCGAAUGCUGCACCUGGUUUGUUCGCCGGUUGGAGGCUUGAACCCGGUAGCAUUUACCGUUCCGUGACUUAUGUCCUUGAUCUUGAGAAGCUUCGCUUGAAGUCCGGUGCUUGGACUGAUCCUCUCAACGUUCCUGAAGCUGAGCUUUAUGUUCGGUCUGGGGAUCCGGUAUUCCCAUUGCGAAAUGCUGCUGAGCAUGCCCUGUUGUCGUUUGCUGAAUUAGGUGAUGUUGUAGUCCCUGAACCGUUGCCUCUUCCGUUCACGCCACAUGUCUUCGGUGACAAGGAUGGACGUAAGAAGAUUCGGCGGAUUUACAUUACCUAUGCCAGGUUCCGAAAGAUAGGACCGACUCCCGGUUGCUCAGCAUGUGAGAAUGACAAAAGCAAUCACAACGCGGAAUGCAUUGCUAGGUUCGAGAAGGCGUUUGGUCGAGAGUCCAAAGCUCCAGAAACGCCAGUGCCAAAGGAGUUUCUGUCUUACGAAGAACUUAUGUUACCGCGCCCAGCUGUUCGCCCUGACGGCGAUCACCUCUCCGAUAUUGAGCCAUCUGGAGAUGAGGGAGAGCAAGUGCCGGCCAUUGUGGCCCAGCACAGGUGCUUGCUGCCCCAGGUUGUUGUCUUCAUGGUUCACGGAGAUGGUUGGGGUCGCACGUGUAACGGGUAUGAGGUUUGGAAAUCUCAACGCACGCUUCUCGGUUUCUUGCAAGUUGCAGCCGCUGUGCUGUCGAACGGCGGUGAAGUUGUCGUUGAUUGGCCUCAAGAUUCAUCUUCCUGGAUGCUUCCUGAAGUCCAAGCGUUCGAAGACCAGUUCGGUUUGAAGAAGGUCACUUUCAAGGGUUGUGCUCUGGGGAUGGUAACUUUGAAAGGUAACCCCAUUGCCUUUCAUGAAGUUCUGCUCAUGUCACUCUUUCCAUUUGCCAAAGCAUUUCA